AUGGAGGAGGAGCUGGGAUCAGAGGAGACCACAGAGAGGACUGGGCUGUGUCUUCAGUGUGUGUCUCUCCUGUGUCUGGCUGUGUCUUCAGUGUGUGUCUCUCCUGUCCUCCAGUUCUGGAUGUCGGCCUUGGCGACCACCAUCCCUGUGCCCUGUGGAGCGUUCAUGCCCGUCUUUGUGAUUGGGGCAGCAUUUGGCCGUCUGGUUGGAGAAAGCAUGGCAGCCUGGUUUCCUGAUGGCAUCAACACAGAUGGAAUCAUUUACCCCAUCGUGCCAGGAGGCUAUGCUGUCGUGGGAGCGGCCGCUCUGUCCGGUGCUGUCACUCACACCGUGUCCACGGCGGUCAUCGUGUUUGAGCUGACGGGUCAGAUCUCACACAUCCUGCCCGUGAUGAUCGCUGUGAUCCUGGCCAACGCAGUGGCCCAGUCCCUGCAGCCCUCGCUGUACGACUCCAUCAUCAGGAUCAAGAAGCUGCCCUACCUGCCUGAGCUGGGCUGGGGCCACCAAGAGAAGUAUAACAUCCGUGUGGAAGACAUCAUGGUGAGGGAUGUGAGGUUCAUCACCCUCAACAGCUGCUACAGAGACCUGCAUGAUGUGCUGCUCGCUGGACAGCUCAAGACCCUGGCUCUGCUGGAGUCUGCAGAGUCCAUGAUCCUGCUGGGGUCCAUCGAGCGCGCACAGCUCCAGGCCCUGCUGGCCGAGCAGCUGGGUCGCCCCCGGCGACUGGAGUUCCUGAGGGAGAGGGCGCUGGCGGAGAAGAAGAGACGCCACUCCGUGGUGUCGCAAGCGGGCAGCGAGGACGGCAGCCAGAAGGUCAACCAGGAGGUCCGCUUCCAGAUCUCCACGGAGGAGUCUACCUUCAGCCCUGUCCGCACCCCUUCCCAGAAGCCCCUGAAGCCUGCUCUGAAGAGGCCCUCAGUGGUGGACCGUCCCACUGAGAUCCCCAUGCCCACCAGCCCCCAGGACAGCUCUGGCAUUGCCUUAAAGAGUCUCUUCUGUGUCAACCCUGAGACCGAAGUUGUGGAGGAUGACCAGGCUGUAGAUGACGACAUGACAAUCAGAGAGAUCGCAGAGUGGGAGGAGGAACAACUUGACGAGCAGGUCAACUUCAACAACUGCAAGAUUGACCCUGCCCCCUUUCAGCUGGUGGAGCGCACAUCGUUGCACAAGACCCACACCAUCUUCUCUCUGCUGGGCCUGGACCACGCCUACGUCACCAGCAUCGGACGCCUCAUCGGAGUCGUCUCUCUCAAAGAGCUGAGGAAGGCCAUCGAGGGCUCGGUGAACGUGAAGGGCGUGAAAGUGCGCCCCCCACUGGCCAGCUUCCGUGACAGCGGCACCAGCAGCAGCGAGAACGAGGCCACUGAGCUGCACAAACUGUGGGACCGCCACAAGUCCAUGUCCCUCCCCCGCGAACACACGCCCUCCGACUCGGAGGAAAAGUCCCAGUGAUGCGGACAGGACGGGAGGAGAAGGGGGGCACCGAGUCCCAGCAGGGGGGAAGAGGAAGGGGGGCACCAAGU